AUCUUCCAAGCACAGCUACUUCUGUCAACAUCCCUGACUUGCUUCCUGGUCGCAAGUACAUUGUUAAUGUCUACCAGAUCUCUGAAGAAGGAGAACAGAACCUGAUCCUGUCUACUUCACAGACUACAGCUCCUGAUGCACCCCCUGAGCACACCGUGGAGAGUGUAGAUGACACAUCAAUUGUCAUCAGCUGGAGACGACCACAGGCUCCAAUCACAGGCUACAGGAUUAUCUACACCCCUUCUGUGGAAGGCAGCAGCACAGAGCUCAACCUGCCUGACACUGCUACCUCUGUCACACUCAGUGACUUAAUGCCAGGCAUUCAGUACAACAUCAGCAUCUAUGCAGUAGAGGAAAACCAGGAGAGUACUCCUGUCUUCAUCCAGCAGGAAACCACAGGUGUCCCACGCACAGAUGAAGUUCCUUCACCCAAAGAUCUGCAGUUUGUGGAGGUUUCUGAUGUCAAGAUCACCAUCAUGUGGACCCCGCCAGAGAGCACCGUGUCUGGCUACCGGGUGGAAGUUAUCCCUGUCAAUCGCCCUGGCCAACACGGCCAGAGGCUGCCUGUUUCCAGGAGCUCUUUUGCUGAAGUUGUUGACCUGCUCCCAGGAACAACAUAUCUCUUUAAGAUCUUUGCUGUAAGCCAUGGCAGGGAGAGCAAACCUUUGACUGGAGAGCAAACCACCAAGCUUGAUGCCCCCACCAACCUGAGAUUUCUCAAUACCACGGAGCACACGGUCUUAGUUUUGUGGACACGGCCCCGUGCUGUGAUCACAGGCUACCGCCUGACUGCCGGUCCCACGAGAGGAGGCCAGCCAAAGACCUACAACGUGGGACCUUCUGCCACCAAGUACCUUCUGAGGAACCUGCAGCCAGGCACCGAGUACACAGUAUACCUAGUGGCAGUUAAAGAUGACUUGCAAAGCAACAGAGAGACUGGGGUCUUCACAACUUAUCAGCCUGUUGGCUCUGUUCCUCCUUUUAACACCGAAGUGACUGAGACUUCCAUUGUCAUCACCUGGACACCUGCCCCAAGGAUUGGCUUCAAGCUGGGCGUGCGCCCAAGCCAGGGUGGAGAGGCUCCACGGGAGGUGAUCUCCGAUUCCGGCAGCAUCGUGAUAUCCGGCCUCACCCCUGGAGUAGAGUACACCUACAGCCUCACGGUGCUCAUGGAUGGCCAGGAGAGAGAGACUCCCAUCAUCAGGAGAGUGACUACACCUUUGUCACCACCAACCAACUUGCAUCUUGAGCCCAAUCCCGAUACCGGCGUUCUGAUAGUCUCCUGGGAUAGAAGCACAACUCCAGGCAUCAGUGGGUACCGAGUUACCACUGUUCCAACCAGCGGGCAGCAGGGUUAUACCUUGGAGGAAGUAGUGGAUGCAGAUCAGACCACUUGCACCUUUGAAAACCUGAGCCCCGGUGUGGAGUACAACGUCAGCGUGUACACGGUCAAGGACAACCAGGAGAGCACCCCCAUCUCUAAAACCAUCACACAAGAGGUGCCCCAACUCACUGACCUAAGCUUUGUUGACAUAACUGACUCGAGCAUCGGCCUGAGGUGGACCCCGUUAAACGCCUCCACCAUUAUUGGCUACCGCAUCACUGUAGUUGCGGCAGGAGAAAGUGUCCCUAUUUUUGAAGAUUUUGUGGACUCCUCAGUAGGAUACUACACAGUCACAGGCUUGGAGCCGGGCAUUGAUUACGACAUCAGUGUAAUCACACUCAUUAAUGGCGGAGAGAGCGCCCCUACCACUCUGACACAGCAAACGGCUGUGCCUGCUCCCACUGACCUCCGCUUCACCAACGUGGGGCCUGACACCAUGCGGGUGACUUGGACGCCCCCAGCUUCCAUCGUGCUGAGCAGCUUCCUGGUGCGCUAUUCGCCUGUGAAGAAGGAGGAAGAUGUUGCAGAGCUGACAAUUUCACCCUCGGACAAUAUGGUGAUUUUAACAAAUCUGCUGCCUGGUACUGAGUAUCUGGUGAGAGUCUACAGUGUUUCUGAGCAACACGAGAGUGCACCUCUGUCUGGAAUCCAGAAAACAGGUCUUGAUUCCCCCAGUGGCCUCGACUUCUCGGAUAUAACCGCCAACUCCUUUACUGUUCACUGGAUUGCUCCUCGUGCCUCCAUUACGGGCUAUAAGCUCCGGUAUCACCCGGAGCACGUUGCUGGCAGGCCCAAGGAGGACCGCGUGCCGCCUUCCCGCAGCUCCGUCACCCUCACCAACCUGCUGCCAGGAACCGAGUACGUGGUCAGUAUCGUCGCUGUCAACGGCAGGGAGGACAGUCUGCCCUUGGUUGGCCAGCAAACAACGGUGUCUGAUGUUCCAAGGGACCUCGAAGUCACCCCCACAAGUCCAACCAGCCUCGUGAUUUCCUGGGAUGCUCCUGCAGUGACAGUCAGAUACUACCGGAUCACUUACGGCGAAACAGGUGGAAGUAGCCCUGUCCAGGAGUUUACAGUGCCUGGCACCAUGUCUACUGCUACUAUCAGUGGCCUCAAGCCUGGAGUUGACUACACCAUCACUGUGUAUGCAGUAACUGGCCGUGGAGACAGCCCUGCCAGCAGCAAGCCAGUCACUGUCACCUACAAAACAGAAAUAGACACACCAUCCCAGAUGCAGGUAACGGACGUCCAGGACAACAGCAUCAGUGUCAGAUGGCUGCCUUCAACCUCCCCAGUCACAGGGUAUCGGGUGACAGCUGUCCCCAAGAAGGGACAUGGGCCCACAAAGACUAAAAGUGUUCCUGCAGAUCAAACAGAAGUCACUAUUGAAGGUCUGCAGCCCACAGUCGAGUACGUGGUCAGCGUCUAUGCUCAGAAUCAGAAUGGAGAGAGCCUCCCCUUGGUCGAGACAGCUGUCACCAACAUUGACCGCCCUAAAGGACUAACAUUCACUGAGGUGGAUGUUGAUUCCAUCAAAAUUGCUUGGGAAAGCCCACAGGGGCAAGUCACCAGGUACAAGGUGACCUACUCAAGCCCUGAGGAUGGAAUCCAUGAGCUAUUGCCGGCCCCAGGUGGCGAAGAAGACACUGCUGAGCUGCAUGACCUCAGGCCAGGCUCUGAGUACACUAUCAAUAUCGUUGCCAUAUACGAUGACAUGGAGAGCCUGCCCCUCACUGGGACCCAGUCCACAGCAAUUCCUCCUCCAACAAACCUGAAGUUUACUCAGGUAACUCCCACUAGUUUUACAGUCAACUGGAACGCACCAAACGUUCGUCUCACUGGCUACAGAGUUAGAGUGAAUCCGAAAGAAAAGACUGGUCCCAUGAAAGAAAUCAACCUUUCUCCAGACAGUACAUCUGCUGCUGUUUCUGGAUUAAUGGUGGCAACCAAGUAUGAAGUGAGUGUCUAUGCCCUGAAGGAUUCUCUGACCAGCCGACCAGCCCAGGGAGUGGUCACCACUCUUGAAAAUGUGAGUCCCCCUCGCAGGGCCCGUGUGACAGAUGCCACUGAGACAACCAUCACUAUUACCUGGAGAACCAAGACUGAGACCAUCACUGGCUUUCAAGUUGAUGCAAUUCCAGCAGGUGGCCAGACCCCCAUUCAAAGGACCAUCAGCCCUGAUGUUAGGACUUACACUAUCACUGGCUUGCAACCUGGCAAUGACUACAAGAUCUACCUUUACACUCUGAAUGAGAAUGCACGCAGUUCCCCAGUAGUGAUUGAUGCCUCCACUGCUAUUGAUGCUCCUUCUAACCUGAACUUCCUCACAACCACAAGCAACUCCCUCCUGGCUACUUGGCAGCCUCCUCGAGCCAAGAUCACAGGCUAUAUCAUCAGGUAUGAGAAACCUGGCUCACCAUCCAAGGAGCUUCUUCCUCGUCCUCGGCCUGGCACCACAGAGGCUACAAUUACUGGUUUGGAGCCAGGAACUGAAUACAUCAUCUACGUUAUUGCUGUGAAGAACAAUCAAAAGAGUGAACCACUGAUUGGCAGAAAAAGGACAGAUGAUCUUCCCACGUUGAUUACCCGGCCGCACCCCAAUCAACCCGACAUUCUCGACGUCCCUUCCGUUGACGAGAGGACCCCUUACCUCACUAACAAUAGGUAUGACAAUGGAAACGGUAUCCAGCUUCCAGGCGCGUCUGGGCACCCCCAGACAAUAGGACACCAGGGUCAGCAAGUCUUCUUUGAGGAGCACGGCUACAGGCGGCCUGUACCCACUACGGCGUCUCCCCUUAGGCCUGGGUCAGCACGGCAACCACCAAAUGUAGAUGAAAAAAUUGAAAUCCCUGGGUACCAAGUGCCAAUCAUCGUUGAACCUUCGUACCCUCACUCUCGAGGGCCCAGGCGCAAUGAUACCACAGGUCAAGAAGCCCUCUCUCAAACGACCAUCUCUUGGAGGCCAUUGCUGGAGAGUACUGAAUAUAUCAUCUCAUGUCAGCCGGUCAGCCAAGAUGAAGAUACUUUACAGUUCAGGGUUCCUGGCACUUCCUCUAGUGCCACGCUCACUGGCCUUACGAGGGGGGCCACCUACAACAUCAUAGUGGAAGCCUUGAAGGAUCACCGGAAGCAGAAGGUGCUGGAGGAGGUGGUCACAGUUGGCAAUACUGUGUCUGAAGGACUAAACCAGCCGGCUGAUGACACCUGCUACGAUACUUUCACUGGCUCCUUCUAUUCCAUUGGCGAGGAAUGGGAGCGAUUAUCUGAAACUGGCUUCAAACUCUGGUGCCAGUGCCUAGGCUUUGGCAGUGGGCAUUUCAGAUGUGAUUCUUCUAAGUGGUGUCAUGAUAAUGGGGUGAACUACAAGAUUGGAGAGAAGUGGGACAGACAGGGAGAGAAUGGCCAGAUGAUGAGCUGCACCUGCCUUGGAAAUGGAAAGGGAGAAUUCAAGUGUGAACCUCAUGAGACCACGUGCUAUGACGAUGGGAAGAUGUACCAAGUGGGAGAGCAGUGGCAGAAGGAAUACUUUGGGGCCAUCUGCUCCUGUACUUGUUACGGAGGACAGCAGGGCUGGCGUUGUGACAACUGCCGCAGACCCAGCGUGGAGGUGGCCCCUGAAGGCUCUGCUGGCCAUACCUACACACAGUUCACGCAGAGAUAUCAUCAGGCUACAAACACAAACGUCAACUGCCCCAUUGAGUGUUUCAUGCCCCUAGAUGUACAGGCAGACACACAACAUCCACGGGGAAAGUAACAACCAGCAAGACUUCUUGCAGCAAUGGCAACAGACAAACCAAAGCAUAGAUACCUAUCUGCCACGAUUUACCAUCCAAACUGGAGUGAUGCUAGCAAAGUGCAUCUUUCAGAAUGGCCCUUGGCUUUGGAGCCAUUUUCCCAGCUUAAGCUCAACUCACAGCUUCUCCAAGCGCCACUCUUGGAGUGUUUCAGACUUUUCUCAUGAUUGAUAGCAGUGUAUUGCCUUGUUUUUGCUCGAAGUGUUCAAUACCAGUCAGUAUUUUCAAAUCUAAAAAAAAAAAAAAAUGUGGGGAGAUAACUAAAUUACAAAUUGGUGGAAGAUCAAAAUAUUAAGGGGGAAGGAGGGGUGUAAAAAUUAAAGGUUCCCAUGGCAUACAAACAAAUACAAGAAUGACAUUACUGAAUUUUAGACAUAGGAAAGUCCACCAAACACUUCUGCUUUCACAUAAGCGUGCAGCAAGCAAUAAGAUAGGAACAGCAAAACCCAUCACUGUGAUAUUUAAAAUAUGCACAGUCCUAAUUCUUUCUUAAUGAUCCUAGUAUUUUUCUAGCUGUAUCUUUGUAUCUCAUACUGUUAUUUAUCAGUUUUGUUCCCCUGACCUUCAAGUGUUUUUAUAUGGGAAUAAAAUGUAUUGAAGACUCUUAGUAUGCAGUUGACAAAGAGGAAUUUGGUGUAAUUAUGAUCAGUGGUUAUUUUUAUACUGUAAGUGCCAAAGCUUUACUACUGUUGAAAAGGAAAAAAAAACAACUCUUUUAAUAAAAAGAUUUACAAACCAAA